CUCUCUCUUUUUCCUCCCAGCUCCGGCGAGCACCCAGGUAGCGGCGGAGGUUGCCAGCCGGGCUGUCUUCCCGCUUGCCGCAGAGCUCCGGGCAGAGGCAGCCGGCUGGGGGGGUCCGGGCGUCCGGCUGGGGCUGGGGGCUUCCUCCGCCGAGCUUCUUCCCAGAAGGGGAAGGGGGCGCGGAUCUGCCUCUUCCCCCCCCCGUCGGAUGAGCAUCCCGGGCUGUCCUUGAGCCAGCCAGCCGCAGACCCCCGAAGACCCCCCCCCGCCGCCGCCUGGCCGUCAUGGGGAACCGGGGCAUGGAAGACCUGAUCCCCCUGGUCAACCGCCUGCAGGAUGCCUUCUCCGCCAUCGGCCAGAACGCCAACCUGGACCUGCCCCAGAUCGCCGUGGUGGGGGGCCAGAGCGCCGGCAAGAGCUCCGUGCUGGAGAAUUUCGUGGGGAGGGACUUCUUGCCCCGCGGAUCCGGGAUUGUGACCCGACGCCCCUUGGUUCUGCAACUGGUUAACGCCACAACUGAAUAUGGAGAAUUUCUACACUGCAAAGGGAAGAUAUUUACGGACUUUGAGGAGAUCCGUAUGGAGAUCGAAGCCGAGACCGACAGAGUCACCGGCUCUAACAAGGGGAUCUCCUCCGUCCCCAUCAAUCUGAGAGUUUAUUCUCCUAACGUCCUAUGUCUGACCCUGGUGGACCUUCCUGGAAUGACCAAAGUCCCAGUUGGAGACCAGCCAGCAGACAUUGAAUUCCAGAUCCGAGAGAUGCUGAUGCAGUUUGUCACCAAAGAAAACUGCCUUCUCCUUGCCGUGUCGCCAGCCAACAGCGAUCUGGCCAACUCGGAUGCUCUUAAGAUCGCAAAGGAAGUUGACCCUCAAGGCCAACGUACCAUUGGAGUCAUCACCAAGUUGGACCUGAUGGAUGAAGGAACUGAUGCGCGGGACAUUCUGGAGAACAAGCUGCUUCCAUUAAGGAGAGGUUACAUCGGGGUGGUGAACCGCAGCCAGAAGGACAUCGAUGGGAAGAAGGACAUUCAGGCUGCUUUAGCGGCCGAACGCAAGUUCUUCCUCUCCCACCCGGCGUACCGGCACAUGGCAGACCGUAUGGGGACUCCCUACCUGCAGAAAAUUUUGAAUCAGCAACUGACCAAUCACAUCCGCGACACUCUCCCAGGCCUGAGGAACAAGCUCCAGAGUCAGCUGCUGUCUAUUGAGAAGGAAGUAGAAGAAUACAAGACCUUCCGCCCGGACGAUCCAGCCCGGAAGACCAAAGCUUUGCUCCAGAUGGUUCAGCAGUUUGCUGUGGACUUUGAGAAGCGCAUCGAAGGUUCUGGAGAUCAGAUCGAUACCUAUGAACUCUCUGGUGGUGCUCGGAUCAAUCGCAUCUUUCACGAACGAUUCCCAUUUGAGCUUGUGAAGAUGGAAUUUGAUGAGAAGGAACUUCGAAGAGAGAUCAGCUACGCGAUUAAGAACAUCCACGGCAUCAGAACUGGCCUCUUCACCCCUGACAUGGCUUUUGAGACCAUUGUGAAGAAGCAGGUCAAGAAGAUUAAAGAGCCCUGCCUGAAGUGUGUGGACAUGGUCAUUUCGGAAUUAAUCAAUACGGUUAGACAGUGCACCAAGAAGCUAAGCCAAUAUCCUCACCUGCGGGAGGAGAUGGAGCGGAUCGUGACUACUCACAUCCGGGACAGAGAAGGAAAGACCAAAGACCAGGUCAUGCUUCUGAUAGACAUUGAGUUGUCCUACAUGAACACCAACCAUGAAGACUUCAUUGGAUUUGCCAAUGCUCAGCAAAGGAGCAGCCAAAUGAAUAAGAAAAAAACAGCUGGGAAUCAGGAUGAAAUCCUGGUGAUCCGCAAGGGUUGGCUCACGAUCAACAAUAUCGGCAUCAUGAAGGGCGGCUCAAAAGAAUACUGGUUUGUCCUGACUGCAGAGAAUCUCUCGUGGUAUAAAGACGAUGAGGAGAAAGAGAAGAAGUACAUGCUUCCGGUGGACAACUUGAAGGUGCGAGAUAUCGAGAAAGGCUUCAUGUCCAGCAAGUACAUUUUUGCGCUGUUCAACACAGAGCAAAGGAAUGUUUACAAAGAUUAUCGUCAACUGGAGCUGGCGUGUGAAACCCAGGAAGAGGUAGACAGUUGGAAGGCCUCCUUCCUGCGGGCUGGCGUUUACCCAGAACGUGUUGGGGACAAAGAUAAAGGUGGGGAGUCAGAAGAGAACGGCUCGGACAGCUUAAUGCAUUCACUGGAUCCCCAGUUAGAGAGGCAAGUGGAAACGAUCCGGAACCUUGUUGAUUCCUACAUGGCCAUCGUCAACAAGACCAUCCGUGACCUCAUGCCCAAGACAAUCAUGCACCUUAUGAUAAACAAUACCAAGGAGUUCAUCCACUCCGAGCUGCUCGCCAACCUCUACUCCUGUGGUGACCAGAACACCCUCAUGGAAGAGUCAGCCGAACAAGCCCAGCGACGUGACGAGAUGCUGCGCAUGUAUCACGCCCUGAGAGAGGCCCUUAACAUCAUCGGGGACAUCAACACCACCACCAUCAGCACCCCGCUGCCUCCGCCGGUGGACGACUCCUGGCUGCAGGUGCAGAACAUACCGUCCGGACGCAGGUCUCCCACCUCCAGCCCCACACCACAGAGAAGAGCACCGGCAGUCCCACCCACCAGACCUGGAUCACGAGGACCAGCUCCUGGACCUCCGCCUGUUGGUGGACCCAGCCUCGGUGGUGCUCCCCCUGUGCCUUCCAGGCCGGGGGCCUCUCCUGAUCCUUUUGGGCCUCCCCCACAAGUCCCCUCGCGGCCCAACCGUGCGCCUCCGGGGGUCCCAAGCCGCAAGGGUCCCGCUUCACCUACACGAGCCACAUUAAUCCGAUCAGCUGAAUCUUCCCUCUUAGAUUUAUAACCCAAGGCCUGUAGACAGCUGGUGACAAGUUCCCCCUGCCUGGGUUUCCCUCUACUCUGUCAAUCCAGAAUCUGCCCGAGGCAUCUCCUCGGCUCCUCUGCCCCUUCCUCCACGUGGUUUCAAAAAAAAAAAAAUGCUCGUUUAGUGAUUGACCACUUUGUCUUCUUUUGUGCGUCCGUAUUGCUUGUGAGCCUAGAGUAGUCCUAGUUGAAGGGCAUGAAUUGUGAAUGCCGUUGAGUUCUCCGGAGUGUAGACUUACAGGAGCAUCCGUGCCUCAACGUACCCAAGUCGUCUUGGGUUUGGUAUCCUGCCUGCCUGGGUCAACUGUAGCCCUAAUCCGUAGCAACGUAGUCCAUUUUGUCCCUUUACUGUAGUAAAGACAGAAACAUUUGGGUCUUGUGCUGGAAACUCUUUGAGGAGGACCACACUGGGCUGGAGAACCUGGACUGGAAUGCUUUCAUGUUCUUGAGAAGUGGGAUUGAUUCAAGGUGCAGCCGUGGGGGCCCGAUCCCUUUUUUUUUCAAGCAGGGCCAACUGGUUUGGUGGCCAGGGAGGGCUUCCUGGAUGGUGCAGACUUCCGGAGGAUCUUAUCGGAUGGAUUGAAACGUUCAGAGGUCACCCUCCAUUCUUGGAGAGACCCAACAAGGAGCUCAGAGACUUGGUGGCUUCAGCUAGCUUUCUGACAUGACCUCUUACAGAGAACGUCCGAUUAAGAGACCGAAGCUUAAUCUAGUUCCUCCUCAGCCAGAGCGAACCAGCUGAUAUUUCCCCCCAAAAAAAAGAAAAAGAAAAAAAAGAGGGAGAUUUUGUGGUGUAAAUGUUUUAUGAGCUUUGCUUCUGACAAAAACAAAAUCAAAAAAAAAAAAAAUCAAGGACCUCUUCAAAAAUGUGUUGAUGUCUUGAGUAUUUUGGUGAUUCCACUUGCUUCCUUGCAUGCAGGCCAUACGUAUUUCAUUAGAGACAAAAAAAGAGGACAUUUUCAAUGCCAAGUUGGACAUCCUUCGGCACCGGCUCUGUGACCCAUUUAGGAAUAAAUAUGGAAAAAACAAAGUCUGCCAUUUUCCUGUCUCUCCAAAAGCCAGCCACUUUUAAGUCAACCCUGUUUCCACUUUACGUUCCUCGAUCCAAGUGGUUUUGAGUUGAGUUUUGAUGUCUGUUCCUUUCUGUGUUUUAACUAUUGUUUCAAUUCUUUUAUUCCUCCCCCUAUCCUCUCCUUCUUCUUUUGUUCCCCUUGUCUUUUUUUCUUUUAAAUUCCAGCCGGCCUAGCAAAGCUAGUUCUUCUCGUCCGGAGAGUCCCAAGGCAUCGUUUGACAUAUAACCCUGAUCAUCCGUCCUUUAUCUGCCUCUUAGCUGUCCUGUCCUGGAAUGAUCGAAUGCACAUCUUUAAAAAAAAAAAAAAAACGAAAAAACCACAGCUUUGUUGUCGUAGCUUGUGGCUUGCACAUAUCAGAUACAACUCUAGUGACUUUUUUUGCCCCACCCCUUUUUUUCCUUCUUCCUUGUUGCUUAAAAGGAACUUUAAACAAAGCCAAUGAGUUAUAUUGUAGUAAUGAAACACAUCUUUACUGUUAUAUAAAUAUCUAUAAAUAUCUAUAUAAAUAUAUAUAUAUAUAUAAAGAUCUAAAUCUAUAUGGUGUCCAGAUGUUUUAAAGCCUUUAAAUGCCUCCACUGUUGAUUAUAGCAAAUACUUGAGUAGGAAGGAUGUGUGUUUGUGUAUAUGUGUGUGUGUCACACAAACGCACACACAUACCUAAUAAAAAUGUAGUGUAACCCAAAUCGUGGGUGAUUUUUUGCAGUCCUGGUAGUACUUGUAAUGCCAAGUGUGAUCUGUCAUCUUUUGUUUACUGGCUGAAAUAAAUUAUUUCUGUAUAACAGAGAGAUGUCAUACUUUCAAUAAAAUCCUCUCUCGGUUC